AUGUGGAUCGACGCCAUGGCACGGGAGGUGGCUGCUGGAUUGUGGCAUCAAGCAGUAGGCAUUGGGGUUAAAUUGGUCUUUGUCAAUGGUCUGCCUCCAUUUUGGGAUGAAGAUAAAGUCAAAGAGCAAUUUAAAGAUUUUGGAGAGAUUGAAAAAGUUGUGCUGGCAAGGAACAUGUCAACUGUCAAAAGGAAAGAUUUUGGAUUUGUUAAUUUUACUUCUCAUGCAGCUGUUGUUGCUUGUGUUGAAGGUAUAAACAACACAGGAUUGACUUAUGGGAAAAUCAAGAUGAAGGUGAGGGCUAGGCUUGCAAAUCCAUUUCCUAAAACUCAAGCUGUAAAAGGUGGGAUGAGUGGUGGCUACCGUAUUGGCUACACUAGUUUUGGAGCUUACUCUAGGUUUGGUAGAGGAGGCCCUUUGGAAGUCGAGGUGGUAGGGGUUUCCUACGUCAGGAAGACAUGGUAUCUUUAG